CCCCGCUAAAUCGGACGCUCUCUUUAUCAUGCUCACCGACAACGCCGUCACCUUCACGCACUCACAUCAGCACUCCUUUUUCGUCGCAAGCACACUGCUCAUUAUGCAAUUACAGUCAAUCGAAAGAAGAGGUCAGCAGAGCGAUACAAGUGGACACUCUGUACGAAUCCUACGAGUGCUCUCAUAGGAUAAACAGACCCGGCACGGAGAAAUUAGAAACACAAAAA